AACGCCCUCGCGGAGCUCCACAGGGCCCAAGGUGACCUGCCCCAUGCCCAGGCGCUGUACCAGAGGGCUCUGCAGGUUAUCGAAACGGUCCUCGGCACGGCGCACCCGGAAGUGGCCACCUACCUCAACAACCUCGCCGAGCUGCUGCGGGUGCAGGGUAAGCUGCUCGAAGCCGAGCCCAUGUACAAGCGGGCGCUGGCCAUCGACGAGCGCGCGCAGGGGACCAGCCACCCGAUAAUCGCCAUCCGACUCAACAACCUCGCCGAGCUCUUCCGCGACCGCGGACUCCUAGAGGAGGCUGAGCCGCUGUACCAGAGGGCACUCGCGAUCGACAUGGCCGCCCUCGGCGCCAACCACCCCAACAUUGCGACGUACCUGAACAACCUCGCGGGGCUGUACAAGUCCCGGGAGCUGUGGGAUAAGGCUGCGGAGCACUACACCCGUGCCAUCGCGAUUGACGAGAGGGCGCUUGGGCCCAAUCACCCAGACGUGGCCAUCUACCUGAACAAUCUCGCGGGGCUUUACAAGGCGCAGGGGAGACUGGACGAGGCCGAGCCGCUGUACUUGCGGGCGCUCCGAAUCAAUGAGGAGGCCCUGGGCGCGGAGCACACGGACAUGGCCAUCUACUUCAACAACAUCGCGUUGCUGUACAAGGCUCAGGGUAAGUUACAGGACGCGAGGCUGUAUUACGAGCAGGCCAUCGACAUCGGGGAACGGACGCUCGGGGCGGAGCAUCCCCAGGUGGCCACCCGCAUGGCCAACCUCGGGGCGCUUCUCGUGGACAUGAAAGAGCUCGACGCGGCGCAGGCGCUCUUCCAAAAGGCUCUGGAAGUUCGCCGGAACACUGUCGGGGAGAACCACCCGGACACCCUCAACUGCGCCGAGUGGCUCGAAAGCAUCAGGGAG